AGCUAAUUAUUGAAAGAAUGAUUAAAAAGAGAUACUAUCUUCAGGAGCCAGAGGUCAAGGAUUACUUGGUCAAAGGGGAGAGAUUCACAAAGUGGAAAGAUGACUCCACGCGCACAACUCCAGUCACGCUCAAAGUGGACCAGAAAGGAUUUUAUCUUUUUUGGACCAACCAGAGCAAGGAAACAGAGGUGCUGGAUGUGGCAACUAUACGGGACACCAGAUCAGGCAAAUACGCCAGACUGCCAAAGCAUCCAAAAGUGCGUAAUGUUCUCAACAUGGACUUUCCAGACAGCAACCAUCUGGCCAAAACCCUGACAGUGGUAUCCGGGCCCGACAUGGUCAACUUGACUUAUCACAACUUUUUUGCCAAUAAAGAGAAAAUAGUCCAAAACUGGGAAGCAGAUAUCCUGGCACUUGCAUACAACCCUCUCCGAGCCAAUUCCUGCAGACAAAUCUUCCUGGACAAAAUGUAUGUUCGACUGACCCUGAUGAGCAAAGAUGGCAAGAUCCCUGUCAAAAACUUCUACAAGAUGUUUCCAGCUGAUAAGAAGAGGGUUGAUGGGGCAUUAUCAGCGUCUGGAUUACCCAAAGGAAAAUUUGACAGUGUGAAGCUGGAGGUCUUCUCAGAGGAGAAGUAUAAGGAGUUCCUCAUGAACCUUUGCCCACGACCAGAGAUCUACGAAAUCUUCACAUCCCAGUGAUCCAAGCCCAUCAUGCCUAAGGAUGUGCUGGCCAAGUUCCUGAAUGAGAAGCAGCGUGACUCGCGCCUGAACGAGGAGCUGUACCCCCGCCUGAGGCAGGACCAGGUCAAGGCCCUCAUCGACAAGUACGAGCCCGUCUCCGCCAACGUCAACAGGGGCCAGAUAUCUCCUGAAGGCCUCUUGCAGUAUUUGGUCGGGCCUGAGACAUCUAUUGUGGUCCACGACAGACUGGCACAGAGCCACGACAUGAAGCAGCCACUCAACCACUACUUCAUCAAGUCCUCACACAACACCUACCUGACAGCGGGCCAGUUCUCAGGGGUCUCGUCUCCAGAGAUGUACCGCCAGUGCCUGCUGGCCGGCUGCCGCUGUUUGGAGCUGGACUGCUGGAAGGGGAAACCCCCCGAUGAGGAGCCAAUCAUCACCCACGGCUUUACCAUGACAACCGAGAUCCUCUUCAAGGACGUGAUCGAGGCCAUUGCUGAAAGUGCAUUCAAAACUUCACAGUACCCGGUCAUCCUAUCCUUUGAGAACCACGUUGACUCAGUGAAGCAGCAGGAGAAGAUGGCUAACUACUGCAGGACCAUAUUUGGAGAUGCUCUCCUAACAGACCCACUGGAUAAAUACCCUCUGAAGCCAGGCCAACCCCUGCCCAGUCCCUCUGAACUCAUGGGCAAGAUCCUCAUCAAGAAUAAGAAGGGCAACACGGCGUCCACAUCCUCCACAGCCAACGCCAAGAAGCCCCCAACCGCUCCAGAGACACAGAGCAAGCCGGCACCCGCCACCCCAGAUGCCAACGCCACCUCCACCCCAGACCCCACUGCACCGGAGGGAGACGCAACUACAUGCGGUGACUCACCCACUUCUGCCCCAGAAACGCUCCCGGAGAACGGGGCAGACCAGGAACCGGCUCCCAUGCCCUGUGCCUCUCAAGAGGGUGAAGUCCAAGAUGAGGAGGAGAAGGAGCAGGAUGAUGAACAGGACGAGGAGAAGAUGAAGAACUCGGAUGAGGGUACAGCUGGACAGGAGGUCACAGCAUACGAGGCCAUGUCAUCCAUCGUUAACUACAUACAGCCUAAUAAAUUUGUCUCCUUUGAGAACUCAAAAAGGAAGAACAAGAGCUACUCCAUCUCUUCAUUUGUGGAAACCAAAGGAGAAAGUUUUAUUGCAAAAUCAGCUGUGGAGUGGGUAGAAUAUAACAAGCGUCAGAUGAGUAGGAUCUAUCCUAAAGGCACCAGGAUGGACUCUUCCAAUUACAGCCCCCAGCCGUUCUGGAACGCAGGCUGCCAGAUGGUGGCGCUAAACUACCAGACAAUGGAUUUUCCCAUGCAGCUCAACAUGAGCCUGUUUGAGUACAAUGGGCGAACUGGCUUCCUGCUAAAGCAUGAUUUGCUGCGGAGGAAUGACAAGACCUUUGACCCCCACAGUGAUAGGCUGGACACCAUCGUAGCCAACACACUCAGCAUCAAAAUCUACUCAGGCCAGUUCCUGUCUGACAAGAGUGUGAAGACUGGGGUCGAAGUUGAGAUUGUUGGAUUGCCAGGAGACCAGAAAAAAAAGUAUCGCACCAAGUGGUCAACCACUCCCAACUCAAUCAACCCAAUUUGGACUGACGAACCCUUUGUCUUUGAGAAGAUCCUGUUCCCUGAGAUGGCAUCUUUGAGAGUCGUAGCGUAUGAGGAGGGAGGGAAGUUCCUGGGACACCGCAUCAUCCCUGUAGAUGCCAUCCAAUCAGGUUUUCACCACAUUUGUUUAAAGAGCGAGAGCAACCUGCCCCUCACCCUCCCUUCCCUGUUUGUCUUCAUCGAGGUGAAGGACUACAUCCCCGCAGCCUUCGCCGAUUUCACAGACGCUCUGUUCAACCCUGUCAAGAAAUCAGACAAACCAGCUAAGACCCAGGAGCCGUCUGUAUAUCUGAGCCCCUAUGAGCUGCCAAUCAGUAGCUCUCCAACGGCUGCAGUGGACAAGACUCCACCUACAGAUGUGAAGGUCAGUGAAGAUCCAGAAGCAGCUGCUAUACUUCCGCCACCACCAGAGGAACCUGCUGUUCUUGAUACUGCUGACUCCAGCCCUGCCAUUGAGGACAAAGCCCCUCCUCCUCCACCUCCCUCCGAUGCCUCUGCAGAGGAGAAUCCUUCUUCUCCUCCUCCACCGCCCUCCGAUGCCUCUGCAGAGGAGAAUCCUCCUCCUCCACCUCCUUCUGAUGCUCCUGCUGAAGAGAAUCCUCCUCCUCCACCUCCUUCUGAUGCUCCUGCUGAAGAGAGUCCCCCUUCUCCACCUCCUUCUGAUGCUCCUGCUGAAGAGAGUCCCCCUUCUCCUCCUCCCAACGUGGCGGCAGAGGACAACCCCCCUUCUCCUCCUCCCAACGUGGCGGCAGAGGACAACGCCCCUUCUCCUCCCAACGUGGCUGCAGAGCCGGGUACCGCUGGCAGCGACUCUGAGGCUGGGAUGGUUCCAGUUCCAGAAGGAGGGCCUCGUAUCGCCACGGAGACAAGCGAUGUAUCUGCUGAGCCUUUAGUCUUGGAGGCUUCUUCUGCUGUGGAGCCCGUUUCCAAGGAGACUGAGCAGGAUAAGGAUGCCGUGCCUAGCACGGGGGAUGAGCCGACCACUGUGUCUGCCGAGGAGCUGAUCCAACACAAGAGCUUCCUGAAGGUCAGCAAGAAGCAGGAGAAGGAGCUGAAGGACCUGGAGAAGAAGUUCCAGAAGAAAGACGAGGAGCUCACUCACCGAUACAGUGAUCAGUUUAAAUGCCUCAAGAAGAAGACAUCACUGAAGAAGAAAGAGGCAGGAGGUGAGACUGCGGGAGGUGGGCCUCCCAAGGAGCAGGUGCAGCAGGUGAAGGAGAAGAUGCGUCUGGAGCUCAGGGCCCAGUGGACGGAGCAGAUCCACCUCCUCAGGAAGAAGAAGGAGCAGCACGCCACAGAGAGUCUGACCAAACUGCUGGAGAUGGCCACUGAGAGACACAAUACUGAAAUCAAAGCUCUGCAUAGGUUGAAGAAGAGUAAGAGUUGUGAGCUGUUGGACGAGGACAUCCCUGAAAACAAAGUGGCUGAGGACAGCACGAGUGUGCAGGAGGAGUCCCUGAGGAAGAAGCAAGCGUCCACUCUGGGGGACUUCAGAUGCUUUGCCAACAAGAUUGUCACUGAGGCUCUGGAGGAGCAAGGAGAGAAGAUGAGGACACUGCCGUGCGAUGUGGAGAAGGCUGUGAAUGCCUGCCUGGGGACACACUUCCCAGAGAUGGCUGAGGAAGUCACAGACUGUAAGGCAGAGAAGGGCAGUCCCUAUGGACAGAUUUUCCUUGGCUGA